AUGAGUAGAAUUAACCAGCCGAAGAACCAAAUUCGUUUGACGAAUGUAUCGAUAGUUCGUUUGCGUGAUGGGCCAAACACGUUUGAGUUGGCAUGCUACCCGAACAAGGUGAAGGACUGGCGUCAGGGGAAGGAGACAGACCUGAGUGAGGUGUUGCAGAGUGACAAGAUAUUUAGUUGUGUGGGUAAAGGUCAGUUUGCGCGUGAUGCGGAGUUGAUAGGAAGUUUUGGGACAAGUGACUUUUACGCUUGUGUUAAGCAGAUUUUGGCACAAGGUACGAUUCAAUUGAGUACCCGUGAGCGUAUGGUUCAGCAGCAGCAGUUCCAGAAGGAGGUGUACGUAUUAACUGCGCCUCGUCUGUUGCCUUUGAAGGCGACUUUGGCCCUGUCUGCGGAAACAGUUGAAUCUUGCGCGAAGAAGAUAGGGUGUGUGCCGAAGACUAAAAAGCACCUGCCUCCUAAGGCUUACGCAAGUCGAUUAGCGGAGAAGCUGGCGCGGGCAUUCCCCGAAGACUUGGGCAUAGUAGCCACUAAAAUCUCGCUGCACACUCCACACGCCAAACAGACUACCACCGAACUCUUGGAACCGAUUGGCGCCUUCGCUAUUCAACAGAACGACAACAACCUGGUCUUCUGCGUCGCACCAAGCGAUCUCGCCGCCGUUGAGACUUACGCUCACAAUAAACAAUGCCCCUUUAUCGUUCUCGACAAGAGAACCGCCAUCCCCAUUCAUGAACUUCGAAGCAAACCUCAUGAGCCAAGCAGUGAGGAAGAACCCAGCUCUGAAUCCGAAAGCUCUGAAUCCGAAGAAGACGACUCAGACGAAACUCCCGCACCCGUCUUCAAGGACUCUACCAAACAAACGUUCACCACGUUCGGCGCUCUCGAGGCCUCGGACAGCGAGGACGACGAGUCACUCAGUCCCGAGGACAUGGCGAACCCCAACUCACAAGACGUGCAAAAUGAACAUAAGAAGACGGACUCUGCUAGUGCAGCCAUUGAUGAGGAGGAGGAAGAAGGCGAAGACGAUGUGGACCUGGAGCAGUUCUUAGACCGACGGGCUGCAGUCCACCACGAACGGACGCGGGCCAAAAAGCUGCUGAGUCGUCAGCGCAAGGAGAAGGAGAAGUCGAAAAAGGCUGCCGCGGAAGCACUGGCGGAAGUCGUGGAGCCCCCGACCGAGCCCAAACCCCGGACACCGAACGAGCCCACGUCUGCAACCUGGUGCCGUACUUGCGAAAUCGACUACCUCCAAGAUUUGAACCUGACCAUCCAGAAGCACAUGCGCAGCGAGUGGCAUGUGUUCAACAUGAAACGGGCGGUCCGUGGGGAGCCACCUGUCUCCCAAGAAGUCUUUAACGACCUCUCGCGAGAUGUUAAGGAAGGCUUCUUGGCCGUCGAAUCGUGA